AUGCAGAAAGGUUGGAAGAAGUAUUUUGGACAGAAGCCGUUGAGCGAGGUCAACAUGGAUGACUACCUGGCCAGUUUGGGUUUAUAUAGAAAAAUUACAGCAAGAGAUGCCUCAUGUCUAUUUAGAGCUGUUUCUGAACAGCUUUAUUAUUCUCAGAAUUACCACCAGCACAUCAGGAAGGCAUGCGUUUCCUUUAUGAGGGCCAACCGAUGCAACUUUGAGCCUUUUGUUGAAGGGUCCUUUGAAAAGUAUUUGGAGCGGUUGGAAGACCCAAAGGAAACCGCUGGCCAGGUGGAGAUUAAAGCUCUUUCCUUAAUGUAUAAACGUCGCUUCCUUAUAUAUCGUCAUCCAGGAAAACCACCUACUGAAGUUGCUGAUGAUGAUUACACAGAAAAGGUUGUGCUCUGUUGUUCUAACAAUGGCCACUAUGAUAAUGUGUAUCCAAAACACUACCCUGCUGAUGCAGCAGUGUGCCAAGCUGUGCUGUACGAGGUCCUGUAUAAGGAUGUGUUUGGGAUCAAGGAGGAGGAGAUUCGCUGUGCCCUGGAUGUGUUCCACGGCAGUGGGGGGCGGCGGUACCGCAACAGCUCCUCAAUGUGUAGCGAGGACACCAACUUUGAAACCAGCGACGAGAAGACCCACAAAAGCUCUGCAGAAAACAAGAAGUCAGCCUUUGAUAAGGAGGAUUGGGAGGUGACUGAGGGUGGCAAUCCUGAAGAGAAAUCCAAAGCCGGCCCAGAAGAGCAGAAGGUAAGAGACGGCUCAGCGAAGACAUCUUUUCCUUACAAGGUGCUGAAAGCUUUGGACCCGGAUAUCUACCGCAAUGUUGAGUUUGACGUCUGGCACGACAGCAGGAAAGAGCUUCAGAAAACCGACUACAUGGUGUUUGCUGGGAGGCAGUACUGUUUGGGAGACAAAUGUCAGGUUCGCUUGGAGCCUGUCGGGAAGUACUACAAUGCUUUUAUCCAAGAGGUUGGGCAUCACAGCAGUGCAGUCACGGUUUUUAUAGAGGAGCUGGGUGAAAAGCACCUUGUCCCUUUGACGAACCUGAAACCAGUCACCCAGGUUAACCCAGUGCCUGCCUGGAGCAGUGCCCCAAACCGGAAAGGGGGGAACUACAACAGGAUGUCUGAUGGAUAUGCAGCGGAACUCGACCACAACGUAAGGGGUCGCAGGCGUUUCUACAAGAAGGCCCGUGGGAAGGAGAUGUUCAUGGCCAUGGCGUACACUAGGGGGCAGUCUGGACUCCCCCCGAGACUGCAGCACAACAUCCCUUCUGGCAGGUCCUCCCCCAUCCACAACCCCCCGGGCAGCACCAGCAUGGCCCCCUGCGAGCAGUACCGGCCACACCCCUCCAGCCAGCGGGCAGGCCGAAGCUACGGACCUCCCAGAAGUUCAGCACGCUUCGUUAAUAGACACCAUUUGGUUGGACCUGAGGUAGCAUACUACUCUAGCCCAGGAAGGCGGUAUUACCAGAGCUCUGAUAACUACUCCUACAGGUCACGUCGGAGUCGCCAGCAGAUGCCCUGCGUGAAUAAAGAGUGCCAAUUGACCUUUGUACCCGACAAUGGGGAGGAGCCACAGGGCAUGGAUGGGACCGUCGCCUUCUAUGAGCUAGAGGAGGGGGACGAGACUGCCUUCCCACCCCUGCCAGGACAAGGAGUUUCAACUCCACUUGUCCCCCCUCCUGCCACCUUCUGGUUGAGAAGGGAACCAAGCUCCUCUGGAAAACAGGCCAUGGCUUCAUCCGAGGAGGAUGUGGAUGAACUGAGCAACAACGGGGAAUAUCCUGAGGAUUAUAUUUACCCUGAUCCAGAGGCUGGAUUCCGGAGUCCGUGUGUGUAUGCUGCUGCGGAGUCCACCACUGAUCUGUCCAUUCAGGAAGGGGGGACUCGUGCUGGAUCACCGCAAGAUGGCAUUGCCACUUACAGUUACUCCCAGCAGGUUCUGGUGAACUCUUUGUCCUGUGUCAACACUGCUUCGGCCACCGUGUUCACCUCCGACUCCACAGCCAGCUCCCAGUCCCCUGCAGCCCCUCCCCAGUCCGCCGUGCAGCCAGUCAUUGUGUCCCCCCACCCCGUCACGCGACCAGUUGUGCUGACCCCCCUGUCCAUGUCGUACCCCCCGGGAGCCCCACUGUUUGUGAAUGAGUUGGGGGAGCCUGUGAACGCCCCCCCUCCUCCACCUCCCUACUCCUGUGAUCCAAAUGGGAACGACCUCCCGAAAGAUUACAAGGUUGUCCAGUAUUACUUCAACAUGGGUGUUCAGUGGUAUCAUCAGAGCUACUGGAACCCUAUGGUGCAGAUGCAGCAGAUGUACCAGCAGUCUCCCACAGAGCAGUACCAGGGCUUCAGCACAGCCCAGCCUAUGACAGAGCAGUCUCUCCAGCAGCAAUACACAGAUGCUGGGAGAUCCAAUGACAAUAGGGGCCCUCCAGAGUCCCCUCCUAAUGGUUCUGCCACAAAUUUGGAGGCUGCUCCAGUGUCUCGGGGGGCAGUCUACUACCCAGUCAUGACUGAGCAGUUCAACCAGCAACCUCUUCCCACCUAUGAGCCCUGCAUCCCAAUGUUGCCUGCAUAUCACUAUGUAACACCCUGGCCACCGGUGAACCAGCCACGCAUCCACGGCACGUUGUGUCCUACCAUGGUUCGCCAGGUCAACUACGUCAGCUCUCCAACUCCUCCUGCAUACUACAUCCCCCAGAACGUGUAAAUGGCACCACCCUCACUCUCCGGGGCCCCAGGCAGUUACUCCCGGGUUUCAUUCACUGGGGGAAAAACCUCAGGUCCCAGAGUGUUUGAGGGCCCAGGGACAUCUCCUGGUUUGGAACAGACCAGAGAGACAGCUUCCUAUGUCAGUCCUGUAUAUAUGUAAGAUUUGUUUAUUCUUAGUGUUUAAUGUUCUAAAUGGUAUGUAAUUAUCACUGGGAGAUCAUACAUAUAAAAGUAUAUUAAAAUGUUUUUGGAGUUUUGUGCAUUUGACCAUUUGCACGGAAUUGCUGGCCAUUAGACACCAUUAAGAGUCUCUUGUCCUGGUGUUUUAAAUAGAUCUAACAAAAGCACCUUGAGUAGCAUUGCACUGGGCAUGAUUUUUUUUGGUUCUUCCAAACUUGCCUGAAGCAAACCUCAGUGCUAUAAUUUAAGUGUUAACCAAAGCUUUGAACCCCAUUCUCUUACUGCACUAGCAACAUUGUCACUGCUCCCUUUCUCUUGUGUCAAUCUCUCUGUUCUUUGCUUGUGUAAUAACUGUUAGCAGGUUUUUCUUAAAUACAAUACGAUUUGUUGGAGAUGCCUUUGCUUCCCGUUGCCUAAGCACCUAUUGUAGUGUUAACUUUAUGAUUCAACUGCCGUCAAACCAUGUGAAUUGUAAGUCUCUGGAAAUACAUAGUGCUGUACAAUAUUGGGAGGAGGCAGGAGCAAAGCUAAAAAUCCUAAGUCUUCCAUACAACAGAGAGGGCAGUUCUAAUGUUGCUAAUACUGGUAGGAAAUAGAUUGCAAAGCCUUGGUUUACACCUGUAAUGGUCAAGUGCACAGCUGGUUUCACUAUGUUUGUCUGACUGGUUGAGCAGCUCUAAAGCAUCCUGUUUGUGUGAGUAGGGAAUAAAUGUACCAAACUAAAUUCAACAAGUGCUCGACUACUAGAAAUCUCAUUCUUGGCAUUCUCUUGUUCAUAAAGAAUUGUCUAGGGGGCUGACUACUUUCCAAAACUCAUCUGGCAUGAAGCCAUUUUUUAGUGCCGUGACUCUAAUCAUUCACAUCCUGUGCAGCAGGUAUUAGAACCCCAGCAUGCGGGGGGUGCCAGGUGGGAACCUAAUACCUGCUGAACAGCCAGUUAACAAGGAUGUGUUGAGAAUAAUGAGCUUCAGUCAAAGUGAAUAAGUCUGGAAUUUCCACCCACAGGUUCUCUGCAAUUUCUGAGCCAAUGGGAAGUUCCUUACUGUUCAUGUGUUUUGACUAGUCUGUUUAGGAAGUUUGCUUU